AUGUCCGGUCCAGCAUCCUCUGUCGUGAGACAGGCUUCGAGAGUCUGUUCUCGACGCCUUUCCUCGAACAUAGUCGCAGCGACUCCAAGACCUGCAUCCGCCGUGCUCAAUCAACGUCGGAACUAUGUGUCGCAGUCGAAGCCUACCCAAGCCUCGGUCACUGAUAUCGACUCUGCCAUCAAAGCAGAUCAGAAGAAGUUCAUCAAUCAAACUGGCGACCUUCCGUCGCAGAGAACAAUGCCCGGAACAGACAUCAGUGCAGAUACCAUGAUGAGCCCUACAGCAGGCAUCCUCACACAAACCACGAUUAUGGACCAAGGUUCCCGACCUAUCUACCUCGAUGCUCAAGCCACCACUCCCGUUGAUCCGAGAGUCCUUGAUGCCAUGUUACCGUUUCUUACCGGCCUCUACGGCAACCCCCACUCUCGAACCCACGCUUACGGCUGGGAGAGCGAAAAGGCCGCGGAACAAGCAAGAGAACACAUUGCCAAGUUGAUCGGGGCCGAUCCAAAAGAAAUCAUCUUCACCAGUGGUGCUACUGAGAGUAACAACAUGAGCAUCAAGGGUGUCGCCAGGUUUUUCGGGCGAUCGGGCAAGAAGAAGCACAUCAUCACCUGCCAGACCGAGCAUAAAUGUGUGCUCGACAGCUGUCGACAUCUCCAAGACGAAGGAUUCGACGUUACCUACUUGCCAGUCGACCACAAUGGCUUGGUCGAUCUCAAGCAGCUUGAAGACGCCAUGCGACCAGAGACCGCUUUGGUCAGUAUCAUGACCGUCAACAACGAGGUAGGCGUCAUUCAGCCAAUGAAAGAAAUUGGUCAGAUGUGUCGGUCGAGGAAAAUCUACUUCCACACGGACGGGGCUCAGGCGGUGGGCAAAAUCCCCAUCAGCGUCAAUGACUGGAACGUCGACUUGAUGUCUAUCUCCAGUCACAAGAUCUAUGGUCCAAAAGGUAUCGGCGCAUGUUAUGUCCGGAGACGGCCCCGUGUCAGGCUUGACCCCAUCAUCAGUGGUGGUGGUCAAGAACGAGGUCUACGAAGUGGUACUCUUGCUCCACAUCUUGUCGUUGGCUUCGGCGAAGCUUGUCGCAUCGCUAAAGAGGAAAUGGAGUACGAUUCCAAGCGCAUCGAGUUCCUGUCGAAACGCCUAUCUGAUGGACUGCUGUCUAUGGAGCACACUUCAAUGAACGGCGACGCCACCAAGCGUUAUCCAGGUUGUGUCAACGUUUCCUUCGCCUAUGUUGAGGGAGAAUCUCUAUUGAUGGCACUCAAAGACAUUGCGCUAUCCUCUGGUAGUGCUUGUACUUCUGCCUCAUUAGAGCCCAGCUACGUCCUUCGAGCUCUCGGAAACAGCGAUGAGAGCGCUCACAGCAGCAUCCGAUUCGGUUUGGGCCGUUUCACCACGACAAGUGAGAUCGAUUAUGUCUUGAAGGCGGUCCGCGAGCGCGUCACAUUCUUGAGAGAAUUGAGUCCAUUGUGGGAACUAGUUCAGGAGGGUAUCGACCUCAACUCCAUCGAAUGGAGUCAGCACUAA